AUGACAAUACACUAUGUCCAAGACCUAGCUACAGCUCGAAUUGGCAGCCUACUAAGACUGUUGCUCCGAUGGAAAGGUGGCAUAUGGAAGUCUGUUUAUUUUGACUUGAUUUUAUGGUCUAUUGGCUACACCAUUAUUGCUGUGAUCUAUCGUACCACAUUAUCGCCACAGCAGCAAAGAACCUUCGCACUAGUCGUUCAGUUUUGUAGUGGAUUUGAUAGCUAUAUGCCAUUAGUAUUUAUGCUUGGAUUUUUUGUGGAAACAGUGAUGCGCCGUUGGUGGAUGUCUGUCAAAAACAUGGGAAUAACUGAUGACAUGGCUUUAACCGUUGCCAGCUAUCUUCCUGGUGUUGACGAGACGUCGAUACGUUACAAGCGAACUAUUGUUCGAUAUAUGUGCUUGUUUCAGGUGCUUGUCUAUCGUACCGUCAGCACUGCCGUCAGAGAAAAGUACCCAGAUUUCGAGAGUCUCGUUAGAAGUGGUAUUCAUAAUCACAUUUUUACAAUGAAACAGUUACUUUUUGAGUUCUUGAAGGCGGCUAAAUUUUUUCACUUAUUUAUUCAUCUUUUACAUGCAUCACAUCGGCCUAAUGUAGAUGUUGAAGGGACGGUGAAAGGGGCGCUGUAA